AUGGAUGCAACCACACAACCUAACUUAAUCGACAUUCAAGUCGAAGACACAUGCUACCCAGCACUUGUCGUGGAUGAACUCUCCAAAGCUCCCCUCNNGAUGCAAGGCUCGGCAUACUCUUCUCCUCGGCCAUCAUCUUCAUGGCUUUCGUCAGAGAGCAUGAGCGACAGUUGUAGUGGCACAUGGUCUUCCCCUACUCCGAGUCUUGCUUACUCUCCCUCACCGAAGCCGGCGGACUAUCGCAACCACUAUCUUGGAUGGACACAAGCCAACUCGGCACAAAGCCUACAACAUUUUACCUCACUGAACCAAGUUCAAUGUCAGCCUGGAGUUCCUGCCUUCCAACAGCAAGAGCUUAGUUGCCAGCCUUACUACCAUGAGCAGUACUUCCAGCCUCAAACACUUGGGGAACAAGUCCUAGACACCUUUGGUGCAGGAGGCUGGACAGUACCAGAAUACUCAGAAGACCCUUGUGGGCAGAUCAUCGAGUCAUCACCAGCACCUUCGUCCUCUGUCACUGCUACUAUCGUCUCGUCCGGUGGUUCACCUGGUCUUCAUGACCAUCCCGUCAUCAAACAAGAGGAGCCUACAGAGUAUCACCAUAUCUGUACCAACGUAUCACCAAGAAAACAACAAGCAAACAGGUUGAAGACAGCUUAUCCUUGCCCUUUCCUCCCCUACGGCUGUCCUGCAUCCUUCUCUUCCAAGAACGAGUGGAAGCGCCAUCUCAACACUCAGCACCUGUCCCUGAGCACUUAUCGCUGCGACCUCUGUAUCCCUAAGCCCUGCUCAUCCUCCUCCCCACAACCGUCCAACGAUUUCAACCGCAAAGACUUGUUCAUCCAACAUCUACGCCGUAUGCACUGCGAAAACUCCUCCACUUCUACUCCGACGUUCUCCAGCAUCAAGACAGCAAGAUACAACUGUCUCAAAAUUAAAAACACUCCUGCCUCGCUGGCCGAACAAGCCGACCGCUGUUAUAUCCCACCUCCUUGUCCUCCUGCAGCCACGCAAUGCAUAUUCUGCACUGCUGCCUUCGAUGGUCCGCAAGCUUGGCUUCAGCGUACCGAACACAUCUCUCGUCAUUUCGAGAGACUUCGUCGUGAUGGGCAGGAUGUGCCCAAGGUCGCGAAAUGGAGAAGAGAUGUUGAGUUGGAGAGGUGGUGUUUGGAGAUUGGUGUGCUUGUGCUUCAUCGCGGCAGAGAUGGUGUUGGAAGGGUUCGUGUCAAGAGCGGUAGGAAGCUAUGA